AUGAAUGGUACUCCCAAAGGUUUCUUUCAAAGUAAGCGGGGGCUGAGACAAGGUGAUCCUUUAUCGCCUUACUUAUUUAUUGUGAUGCAAGAGGUUCUUUCUCGCCUUAUUAAGCAUGCUGCUGAUAAUGGUCGUAUUCAUCCAUUCUUUCAGGCUAGAGGUACCCUCCUUGUCUCUCACCUUAUGUAUACUGAUGAUAUUGUGAUAUUUGCUAAUGGAAGUAAAAGGUCUAUAAAAGGUUUGAUGCAGGUUUUGAAUUCCUAUGAAUCUUGGUCGGGUCAAGUUCUUAGUAAAGAAAAGAGUGCUAUUUUUUUCUCUAAACAUAUUUUGAUGUCUAGAAAGAGAUCUAUUCUUCGUAUCUCUGGUUUUUCUGAGGGUUCUUUUCCUUUUAAGUACUUGGGUGUGCCUAUUGUUAAUGGUAGAUUGAAGGCCUUUGAUUUUACUGAUUUGCUUGGCAAAGUUAAAAAGAAAAUUGCAGGUUGGAAGAUGAAACUGCUUUCUGUUGGAGGGCGUACGGUUUUGUUGCGUCAUGUUCUUUCAAGCAUGGCCACUCAUCUGCUUGCUGUCCUACAUGUCCCUAAGAUAGUGAUCAGGGAGUUGAACAAACUUCUGAGUUCUUUCUUUUGGGGUCAUUCUUUGUGGGCGGAUUUCUUCAAAGGUAAGUAUGUUAGGGAUAAGCAUUUAUCCCUUUUAGUGCCUAACAAGGGUACUAGUGUUUGGAAGUCCAUUGUCAAUAGUAUUCCGGAUGUUUUGCAUAAUUCUAAAUGGCUUGUGAGGGAGGGUAAUCUUUCUUUUUGGUAUGAUAAUUGGGAAGAAGGUGGGCCUCUCCAUAUUCACUAUCCGGUUAUUGAUCAUUCUAUGAUUAAAAUUAAAGAGUGCCGUAUUGAGAAUGGUUGGGAUAUUCCUCUCUUGGAAAGGCUUGUGGGUCAACAAAAAGCUAAUGACGUCUACCAGUUUUUGGCUAGAAGGAAUGAGGGACAGGAUGUGUUAGUUUGGAUGAAGGAGAACAAUGGUAGUUUUUCUACUAAAAGUGCUUGGGAUUGCAUUAGGAUACAGGCGCCUCCGCUUAAUUGGGCCCAUUGGAUUUGGCACAAUCAUAUUCCCAAAAAGAUGUCUAUAAUGAUGUGGAAGGCCUCCAAUAAUUGUCUGAGUGUGGAUGCUAAGAUUCAGAUGGCGGGUAUUCCGAUGGUGUCUAAGUGUAAUUGUUGUGUUUUGGGUAAUAUGGAGGAUCUUAAUCAUGUUCUUUGUUCUGGAGAGUUUGCUAGACAACUUUGGCAUAUGGCGGCUGUGCAGUUAGGUGUGCAUAUGAGUGAGUUUCGUACUUGGCAGGAACAAAUUGAUUUUUGGUUUCGUUGA